AUGGUUAAAUCCAACCUACCAUUCUGCAUUGCAUUUCUUACACUACUCCUCGUGUCGAAAAGAUUCCGCGACUGCAAUGCGGCUACAUGCAACAACAACUGCUUCACUCGUUCGCGGGCCGUUUACUACCCAAACUCAGACGAGGAAGGCACCGAGACUGGAGCGUGUGGAUUUGGGAAAUAUGGAGCUAGGUUAAAUAACGGGCUUGUAUCUGCUGCUUCUAAUCUUUUCCGUAAUGGCGUGGGCUGCGGAGCGUGCUACGAGGUUAAAUGUACCAACAAGUAUUAUUGCUCGGACAAAGGAGUAACGGUGGCUAUAACCGACCAUGGGUAUAGCGGAAACGCAGACUUUAUUCUAAGCAGGAAAGCUUUCCGACGAAUGGCUGCCAAUAAACACUCGGCCGAGUCUAUACUAGCUUUCGGAAUAGUAAAUGUCGAGUAUAGGCGAGUUGCUUGUACCUACGAUAAUAAGAAUAUAACGAUAAAGAUAGACGAGAACAGCGAUUACCCUUAUUACUUGGCUUUUGUUUUACGGUAUCAACAAGGAAAGAAAGACAUCACUGCUGUCCAGAUUUGUGAGGUAAUUAAUAAUGAAAUUAAGUAGUUAAUACAUAUAAAAUAUUAGUUUAAUUUGUUAUAGAUUAAUUUAAUUAUUGACACCCAAAUAAAAUAAAAAUGAAGACAAGGAGAUUUGUGUGCAAGCUUUUGGAAAGGAGUUAUGGAGCAGUUUGGGCAACUAGUUCGCCUCCAAGGGGUCCCCUUUCCAUAAGAAUGCUAGUUAAGGACGAAGA